AUGUCGAAUAACUUUUAUAAAUCGAAACCAGCAAGCGAUGAGAGCAAAUGGAUUUGUUUAUAUCCGCUUUACAUAAAUUCGAGGAAGACAAUUGCGCAAGGCCGGCGAGUUUCCAAGGCAAAGGCAGUGGAUUCACCGACUUCGCAGGAAAUUUACGAUAUUUUGGCAAACGCCGGCUUAAACGUUAAAAUUGAGAAACAAAAAAUGCAUCCACUCGAUCCUAAUCGAGAUUUAAAUUCACAGGGUCGCGUUCGUGUGCAGUUUCGUAAUGAUGAUGGAUCACUUUUUAAUGAAAAAUUUCCUACAAGAUUAUCUUUAAUGCUCUAUGUUUGUGAAUUUAUUCCAAAGUUAAAAUCGCGACAGGCAGGAAAUGCGGGAACCGCUCAAACAUUGAACUCAGCUUCAGGCACUCAAAAAUCCAAUAAAAAAAAGAGGAGGUGA